UUUGUAGAGCGCUGCUGAGGGUGCGCGCACGGCCGCGGCAGUAGAACAAAGGAGCAGGGCGCCGCCGCAGGGACCCGCCACCGACCUCCCGGGCCGCGCCGGGGCCUCCAGCCCGCCGCCACCAUGACCGCCAACGGCACGGCCGAGGCCCUCCAGAUCCAGUUCGGCCUCAUCAAUUGCAGCAACAAGUACCUGACGGCCGAGACGUUCGGGUUCAAGGUGAACGCUUCGGCCAGCAGCCUGAAGAAGAAGCAGAUCUGGACGCUGGAGCAGCCGCCCGACGAGGCGGGCGGUGCAGCCAUGUGCCUGCGCAGCCACCUGGGCCGUUACCUGGCGGCGGACAAGGAUGGCAACGUGACCUGCGAACAUGAGGUGCCCGACGCCGACUGCCGCUUUCUCAUCGUGGCGCACGACGACGGCCGCUGGUCACUGCAGUCCGAGGCGCACCGGCGCUACUUUGGCGGCACCGAGGACCGCCUGUCGUGCUUCGCUCAGACCGUGUCACCGGCCGAGAAGUGGAGCGUGCACAUCGCCAUGCACCCGCAGGUCAACAUCUACAGCCUGGCCCGCAAGCGCUACGCGCACCUGAGCGCCCGGCCCGCCGACGAGAUCUCAGUGGACCGCGACGUGCCCUGGGGCGUCGACUCGCUCAUCACGCUGGCCUUCCAGGACCAGCGCUACAGCCUGCAGACGGCCGACCACCGCUUCCUGCGCCACGACGGGCGCCUAGUGGAGCAACCUGAGCCCGCCACAGGCUACACUCUCGAGUUCCGCUCCGGCAAGGUGGCCUUCCGCGACUGCGAGGGCCGCUACCUGGCGCCGUCGGGGCCCAGCGGCACGCUCAAGGCGGGCAAGGCCACCAAGGUGGGCAAGGACGAGCUCUUCGCCCUGGAGCAGAGCUGCGCCCAAGUCGUGCUGCAGGCUGCCAACGAGAGGAACGUGUCCACGCGCCAGGGUAUGGACCUGUCAGCCAAUCAGGACGAAGAGACCGACCAGGAGACUUUCCAGCUGGAGAUCGACGGCGACACCAAAAAGUGUGCCUUCCGCACCCACUCGGGCAAGUACUGGACGCUGACGGCCAGCGGGGGCGUGCAGUCCACUGCCUCCAGCAAGGAUGCCAGCUGCUACUUUGACAUCGAGUGGCGUGAUCGGAGGAUCAUACUGCGUGCCUCCAACGGCAAGUUUGUGACGGCCAAGAAGAAUGGCCAGCUGGCUGCCUCGGUGGAGACAGCAGGGGACUCGGAGCUCUUCCUCAUGAAGCUCAUCAACCGCCCCAUCAUCGUGUUCCGCGGCGAACACGGCUUCAUCGGCUGCCGCAAGGUCACAGGCACCCUGGACGCGAAUCGCUCCAACUACGACGUCUUCCAGCUGGAGUUCAGGGACGGUGCCUACAACAUCAAAGACUCCACGGGCAAGUACUGGAUGGUGGGCACCGACUCCUCCGUCACCAGCAGCAGCGACACCCCCGUGGACUUCUUCUUCGAGUUCCUUGACUACAACAAAGUGGCCAUCAAGGUGGGCGGCCACUACCUGAAGGGGGACCACGCGGGGGUCCUGAAGGCCUGUGCCGAUGCCAUCGACCCUGCCACGCUGUGGGAGUACUAGGCCCGCUGCCCGUGUCCCCCUCCCCACCCUGCCCAGCCCCCUCCCGCUCACUCUUCUCUCCAGGGGGGCUCCGCCGCAGGUGGCAAGCCCCUCGCCUUUCCAACUGGAAACCCAGAGAAAACGGUGCCCUCACCUGUUCCCCGUGCGGCCUCCCCUGAGCAGGUCAGUGGCUGUGGCCUGGUCCUCGGAGGGAUUUCCGAUCCCUCUGCCCUUUCUUCUCUGCCCUGGGCGUGGCUGGAACCUCUUUCUUCUGACCUCAGACGACUCUGAGCCUUAUCUCCCUGAAGAGGCCAAGGAGAAUCACGGGGCUGGGAGCCUUCCCAAGCCCCUGAGCGCGCGGCGGGGUGUGUAACUGGAAUCUCUGUCCCCUCCUGAGCCUCCCCUCCCCCGAGCCUGCCGGUGCCCCCCCAGAGCCCCGUCCCUGCAUCAGGAGGAAAGCCGGGCAGGGGAGAGCUGGAACAGAUGUGUCCCCUCCUGCCCCCGGGUGAGGGGCCCGCCCGCUGCGCACCCCACUGGGCUCCUGGGGCCCUGCUCCUGUCUCCUUUCUUUCACCCUGGCCUGACUGGAAACAGAAAAUGACCGAAUCAGUAUUUUUUUCGAAAUGAAAUGUUGUUGCUGGAGGGGCCCCAGGCAAGCCUAGCUGUACCCAUGAGUGGUCUUCAGGGGGUCUUGGGGGGUCCUGAGAAGGCAUGCCUGGGCCCAACGGCCUCUGCCCACUAGGGUUGGGGCAGGCCGGGUGCCUCCCUGAGUCCAGAACCUGCCCCCACAUUCCCCUGGGCCCCGGCCCCAGGCCUGUGUUCCCCUGGUGAUGCUGGGCCUGUCACCGCCUCAGCCGGAGCCCCGGUGUGAUUGGUGCUCCUCUUCUGACUGGACUCCUUAGUCUCGGAGGGAUGAAGCUGGGCAUCCGCCUCAGCCGGGAGCCCCGUGGAAGCUCCCAGCCCCACCCCUGCCAGCUCCCCUCACUUCUGGUUAGUGUCCACCACGCAUCUCACUCUGGGUGUCUUGGUCUUUUAUUUUUUGUAAGUGUCAUUUGUAUAAUCUCAAACGCCCAUGAUAGUAGCUUCAGACUGGAACGAGCAAAAUAAA